GAAUUUAUCAUGCAUUUGAAUGGUAUAAAAAAGCCGCAGAAAAUGAUGAUGCUGAUGGUCAAUACAGACUUGGAAAAUGCUUUUAUGAAGGAUAUGGAACUAAAAAAGAUAUUGUAAAUGCUGUAUACUGUACAUUUCCGGGUUUCCGUUUUUUUUGGUUGUAUUACUUGGGACAUAUGUAUGAAAUUGCUAAAGAAUAA